GCGGAAAAAGAAAAGAAGGGGUAAAAAACCUCUUAUUAUUAACUAUUUGUCCUCUUUUAAAUAAUAUGAAAAUUAAUUCAGCAGCUAUUUUCAUUUUGCAAAUGUCAGCAGCUGUUACAGCAGCUAUAGUUAAAAACUUGGUUGUAUUUGGUGAUUCUAAUUCAGAUGUCGGUAAUAUUCAACGAUGGUCUAACGGACCUUUAUGGAGUGAAUAUGUUGCUCUUGCUUGGAAUGCAUCACUUUAUAGUUUUGCUUUUAGUGGAGCUGUUUGUGAUACUGGAAUGUAUAAGUCAAUUAUAAAAGAAGACAGAAUGCCAAGUUUGAGAGACCAAUUGGAAGCAUAUUAUAAUCUAAAUCUUAAUUUAAAGCCAGAAGAAACUGUUUAUGCUUUUUGGUUUGGAAUACAGGAUAUAUUUGAGAUGGCCAAAAGACACGGUCGUUAUGAGCCUGAUUAUAAGGAGAUUAUAGACUGUAUUGGUCAACAACUAAGAGUAGCUCGGAAAGUGUUUUUAUCAAAUCGGUUCCUUAUAUUAAAUAUACCUCCAUUAGGACAUAUGCCUUAUUAUCAAAAUACAGAUUUGGCAGUCAAUAGAAGCCAUGCAGCAUUAGAGAUUAAUAAAGGACUUGAAAAAGACGUUGCAAAUAUGAAUAAGCAUCAUCAUGCACUUGAAAUGGAUUAUGUCGAUAUUUAUUCGCUAAUCAAUGAUAUCGUCGUAGAUCCAUUCAUUUUUGAUUUUAAGGAUCCUAAUGCUUCUUUUUUGGAUGAAUGUUUUGGAAAAGAAGAUUGCAGGUUCGAUCAAGACGAUUAUAUUUGGUGGGACAAAACUCAUUUUACCACAGCUUUUCACAAGUCAAUUGCAACAAGUAUUAUUGAUUCUGAAUCUUAUACGUCUAAAAUAACAUUGACUGACGAGCUUAUAAAACAGUUGGAGGAUCCUAAAUCAAGAUUUCACUCAAUGGUUUAUACAGCACCACCUUAUAAAGGUGUUGUUGAUGAGCAAGCUGCCCUUUACGAUACUGAAAAAUCAAAGCCUCAGCAACCUCAGCAACCUUUGUUAGAAGAUGACAUGAGAGAUUUAAAAUCAAAUUAUACUCAAACCAUGGGAACUACUCUUGAUACGAAUGAAGGUCAUACUUUUAUAGGAUUUUUAAUAUUAACCUUAAUUAUUUUGGUUCUUGUUAUUUGGAUCAAGUUCCCCAAAUCCGCUAUUUUUGGCUGGUUUCACAACAAAGACCGUGGCAAAUUUGUUCCUGUACGCAAUGAGGAAGUAUAACUUGUAUAUAAAUUUAUAGUUUUUUUAGUAACAACAAAAUGUCAAGGAGUCAUAUGAUAAAUUCUUUUCUUUUAAAAGUAUCAAAAGGAAAAAAAAUCAAGCUUUAUAAUAUACCUAAAAUACAAUAAUAGAAACCAUUCUUACAAACUAAUUUUAG